CUGGCGCCCGCGCCUCAGGAGCUGCGGGGCCGCGCGGCGCAUCCUGCGGGUGGCGGCGGGCGGCGGGGCGCAAGAUGAUGAAGUUUCGGUUCCGCAGACAGGGCGCCGACCCGCAGCGCGAGAAGCUCAAGCAGGAGCUCUUCGCCUUCCACAAGACCGUGGAGCAUGGCUUCCCCAACCAGCCCAGCGCCCUGGCCUUCGACCCUGAGCUUCGCAUCAUGGCCAUUGGCACCCGGUCUGGGGCUGUCAAGAUCUACGGUGCCCCCGGCGUGGAGUUCACGGGCCUGCAUCAAGACGCGGCCACCGUCACCCAGAUGCACUUCCUGCCCGGCCAGGGCCGCCUCCUGACCCUGCUGGACGACAGCAGCCUUCAUCUUUGGGAGGUCGUCCACCACAACGGCUGCGCCCACCUGGAGGAAGCCCUCCACCACCAGCCACCCAGUCGCCCGGGCUUUGAUGGUGCCAGUGGCCUGCCCAGCCUCGCCCGCAUCACCGUGGUCCUGCUGGUGGCUGCCGGUGACCUGGCAGCUCUGGGCACUGAGGGCGGAAGCAUCUUCUUCCUGGAUGUUCCCACCCUGACGCUGCUCGAGGGGCAGACCCUUGGCCCGGACGAGGUUCUGCGAAGUGUGCCUGACGACUACCGGUGCGGGAAGGCCCUGGGCCCCGUGGAGUCACUCCAGGGACACCUGCGGGACCCCACCAAGAUCCUCAUCGGCUACAGCCGAGGCCUGCUGGUCAUCUGGAACCGGGCCGCGCGGUGUGCUGACCGCGUCUUCCUGGGGAACCAGCAGCUGGAGAGCGUGUGCUGGGAGCGCAGCGGCCGCACGCUGGUCAGCUCGCACAGCGACGGCAGCUACGCCGUCUGGGCCGCGGACUCCGGCGACUCCCCGACGACACAGCCCACCGUGGCCACCAUGCCCUACGGCCCCUUCCCUUGCAAAGCCAUCAGCAAGAUCCUGUGGCGAAACUGUGCGUCUGGCGAGCACUUCGUCGUCUUCAGCGGCGGCAUGCCCCGCGCCAGCUAUGGUGACCGCCACUGCGUGAGUGUACUCCAGGCCGAGACCCUAGUGACGCUGGACUUCACCUCCCGCGUCAUCGACUUCUUCACGGUGCACAGCACGCGGCCCGAGGACGAGUUCGACGAGCCCCAGGCCCUGGCCGUGCUGCUUGAAGAGGAGCUGGUGGUGCUGGACCUGCAGACGCCCGGCUGGCCGGCUGUGCCCGCCCCGUACCUGGCCCCGCUGCACUCGUCUGCCAUCACCUGCUCGGCCCACGUCGCCAACGUCCCCGCCAAGCUGUGGGCCCGCAUCGUGAGCGCUGGCGAGCAGCAGAAGCCCCAGCCCGCCUCCGGUGCCUCGAGCUGGCCUAUCACCGGGGGCCGGAACCUGGCUCCGGAGCCAUCCCAGCGAGGGCUGCUGCUGACUGGGCACGAGGAUGGCACCGUGCGGUUCUGGGACGCCUCCGGCGUGGCCCUGCGCCCACUCUACAAGCUGAGCACCGCCGGCCUCUUUCAGACAGACUGCGAGCACGCCGACAGCCUGGCCCAGGCCGCCGAGGACGACUGGCCACCCUUCCGCAAGGUGGGCUGCUUCGACCCCUACAGCGAUGAUCCACGGCUUGGCGUGCAGAAGGUAGCGCUCUGCAAGUACACCGCCCAGAUGGUGGUGGCUGGCACCGCGGGCCAGGUGCUGGUGCUGGAGUUAAGUGAUGAGCCGUCGGAGCAGGCGGUGGGCUUGGCCAGUGUGGACCUCCUCCAGGACCGUGAGGGCUUCACGUGGAAGGGCCACGAGCGGCUGAGCCCACGCACAGGGCCGCUGCCCUGGCCGGCCGGCUUCCAGCCCCGUGCACUGGUCCAGUGCCUGCCGCCGGCUGCUGUCACUGCCGUCACGCUUCACGCCGAGUGGGGCCUCGUGGCCUUCGGCACCAGCCAUGGCUUCGGCCUCUUCGACUACCUGCGCAGGAGCCCCGUGCUGGCCAGGUGCACCCUGCACCCCAACGACUCCCUGGCCAUGGAGGGGCCGCUGUCCCGUGUGAAGUCACUCAAGAAGUCGCUGCGCCAGUCCUUCCGGCGCAUCCGCAAAAGCCGCGUCUCGGGCAAGAAGCGCUUGACCGCAGCCGGCAGCAAGUUGCAGGAGGCCAACGCGCAGCUGGCGGAGCAGGCCGGCCCCCACGACGUGGAGGUGACGCCCGUGCAGCGCCGCAUUGAGCCCCGCUCGGCCGACGACUCCCUCUCGGGCGUUGUGCGCUGCCUCUACUUCGCCGACACCUUCCUUCGCGACGCUGCCCACCACGGCCCCACAAUGUGGGCGGGCACCAACUCGGGCUCCGUGUUUGCCUACGCGCUGGAGGUGCCGGUGGCAGCGGCGAACAGCGACAGGCGGCCCGAGCAGGCAGUGGAGGCCGUGCUGGGCAAGGAGGUACAGCUGAUGCACCGCGCACCCGUGGUGGCUGUGGCCGUGCUGGAUGGACGCGGCCGCCCGCUGCCGGAGCCCUACGAGGCCUCAAGGGACCUGGCACAGGCGCCCGACAUGCAGGGCGGCCACGCUGUGCUCAUCGCAUCUGAGGAGCAGUUCAAGGUGUUCACGCUGCCCAAAGUGAGCGCCAAGACCAAGUUCAAGCUGACGGCCCACGAGGGCUGCCGCGUGCGCAAGGUGGCCCUGGCCACCUUUGCCAGCGUGGCCUGCGAGGACUACGCCGAGACCUGCCUGGCCUGCCUCACCAACCUGGGCGACGUGCACGUGUUCUCGGUGCCCGGCCUGCGGCCCCAGGUGCACUACACCUGCAUCCGCAAGGAGGACAUCAGUGGCAUCGCCUCCUGCGUCUUCACACGACACGGCCAGGGUGAGGGCCCUGGACGGCAGGGGAGGGGCCGCUCACAGGGCUUCUGGGAGGGGGGCGGGCCCUUCACUGCGCUCUCUGCUCCCUUCCCACCCCCCCACCCACCCCCAGGGUUCUACCUGAUUUCCCCGUCGGAGUUUGAGCGCUUCUCCCUGAGUGCCCGGAACAUCACGGAGCCGCUCUGCUCUCUGGACAUCAGUUGGCCCUGUGAUGCCAUGCGUGCCAGCUACAGGCCCCGAGAGUCGCCCAAGCUGAGCCAGGCUAACGGGACCCCUGGCGUCGUCCUGGGCCCACAGAGCUGCGGCGGAAGCCCCGAUCCCACUCGCAGCGAGGGAGCUGACACCCCGGAGCCGCCUGAGGCCACGCUCUCACCCACAUCCGUCGACUCGGCCACCAGUGCCGACACAACGCUGGACACGACAGGGGAUGUGACGGUGGAGGACGUGAAGGACUUCCUGGGCUCUUCGGAGGAAUCUGAGAAGAACCUGCGGAACCUGUCAGAGGACGAGGCCCGAGCCUGCCCCAUCCUGAUCGGAUGAGGCGCUCAGGAAGGCCAGAACUGCCAGGCCUGCCCUGUUCGGAGCUGGGACCCAGGACCCCGGCCCUUCACGUAGACCUGCACCUGCUAAUCUCAGGCUCCAGCAGGACCUGCCCAGCCUGGCCCCAGAGGCCACCCGGGAGGUCAGGUGCCACCAGGGAGGGCAGCUGGGGCUCACAGCCCGUCACCUCCCAGGCGACAACACCGUCCUUUCCCUCUCCUUUUGCAAAGAGUAUUUUUCUAACGCCUGUGCCAGGCACCACAGUCAUUUCUAAAACUAUUUUGGUACGUGCUCCUGGGCCAGCACCCCCUGACCCCCUCCAGGCUGUGCACGAGUGUGUGUGUGUGUGUGUUUGUGACUGAGAGCUCCACUGGGCAACCAGGACUGGGGCAUGUGUGUGCGCGUGUGUAUGUGUGUGGAGCGGGGUCAGGAUGGGUUUCCUUGUAGAUUGUACCCUGGGGUUUUUUUUUUCCCUGUCAUUUUGUUAAAAUUAGCAAUUUUAAUAUUAAAAAUACUGCUUUUUAAUAUUGAAAAU